GCGGCAGCAGGAGAGAGAGGAGGAGGUAGAGAAGAGGUAGUAGAGGAAGAGGAGAGGAGAGGAGAGGAAGAAGAAGGAGACGGAGGAACAAGAGGAGAAACGCAGGAGGAAACACGAGGAGGAAACACGAGGAAACGGCUCCACGGCGCGCGUCCCCGCAGACGCAAACAGGUCGGGCCUCACCGAGGGAACUGCACACCCUACGAGUCCAGCAGGAAGCUGCGAGGCCCCGUGACUCAGGCACCCAGGAUCCAGAGUCCCGGUUUAAUCAAGAGGAGGGACGAUACAGUCAUUGUUAUUAACAGACUUUCACUCGGCUGGGAGGAUUUUUCUUCCCGUCCGCCGGCCAGAGCAAAGAGAGUUGCAUCCGAGGGGAACAGGUCACCCAGAGUAAUUGGCUCCAGUGUGAAGCUGUAAAACUCUGCUAUAAAGGCUUCCUGGGGGAUUAUAUCCGGCACCGGGGGGUUAGAGGGGGGUCAGCAGACUCCACCUGAACCUGCCCUCGCCUUCGAUCGAGUUCUGGCUCUGACCUUGAGGUUUCUGCCGUUUUAAGAGCUCGGCUCAGGAGUCGACGGAGCCAAAGCUUCAACCAAGGAAGGAGCCAAGGCUCGUCUAGCCCCCCCCCGUCAUCUCCUUCCCCACCUGUGAUGGUGCGGCGCCCCCCCCCGGCCCCGGAGACAUGCCCGUACAGGAGAUGGCGGUGAGUCCCGUGAAGUCCCUGCGCUGGGAGCGGCUGCCGGCCAUGUCGCAGCGGCGCGUCUACAGCGCCGCCGUCUACCACCAGGGCCUGCUGUACGUGGUGGGGGGCUGCAGCGAGACCGGGGCCCCCCUGGACAGCGCCGAGGUGCUGGACGUGGAGAGCCAGACGUGGAGCCGGCUGCCACCGCUGCCCACAGCGCGGGCGGGGGCCUCGGCCGUGGCCCUGGGGGGCCAGCUGAUGGUGCUGGGGGGCAUGAGCCGCCAGCAGACGCCGCUGGCCUCCGUGGAGAAGUACAACGCCGACGAGGGCAAGUGGGAGUCCAAGGCCGGCCUGGGGCAGCCGUCCAUGGGGGUCACCACCGUGGAGAGAGACGGGCAGGUGUACGCCCUGGGGGGCAUGGGGGCCGACACCGCGGCCCAGGCCCUGGUCCGGGUCUACGACGCGGGGAAGGACCAGUGGCAGCCGGCGGCGGCCAUGCCCACGCCCCGGUACGGGGCCACGCCCUUCCUGGUGGGGAACCGGGUCUACAUCAUGGGUGGGCGUCAGGGGAAGAUGCCGGUGACGGCGCUGGAGGCCUUCGACCUGGAGACCCGGAGUUGGACCCGCCACCCCUGCAUCCCCAGCCGCAGGGCCUUCUCCGUCUGCGCCGCCAGCGGGCGCCGCCUCUUCAGCCUGGGGGGGCUGCAGCAGCCGGGGCCCCACAACUUCUACUCCCGGCCCUGCUUCGUCAGCACGGUGGAGGAGUACGACCUGGACCAAGGACUCUGGCUCAAACCCACCCGGACGUCGCGGAUGAGGGAGAAGAGAGCCGACUUCGUGGCCGGAUGUCUGGGAGGACGGAUCGUCGUCGCCGGAGGUUUAGGUAACGAGCCGUCUCCGCUGGGCUCGGUGGAGAGCUACGACCCGGUGAAGCGGCGCUGGGAGUACGUGGCGGCGAUGCCGACCGCCCGAUGCUCGUCCUCCCUGGUGUCGACGCCCGGCAUGCUGCUGGUGAUCGGGGGGGUGUCGCAGGGCCCCAGCAACGCCGUGGAGGCGCUGUGCCUGGAGGAGGCCGUGUGACGGACGGACGGACGGAACUCUCUUUUACCCUGACGGGUCGUUCCCGGCCACGAACCCGAGACGACGGAAACCCCCUCAGCUUCUAAACUCUUGAGACUCCAGUCAACAACAAUCAGCAGCAGCAAAAAAAAAAAAAUAAAAAAGACUGUCUGAAGAAACAACACGCCUUCGAACUGUUGAGCCUUUUUCAGAAUAAAAGCAGGGAACUUUUGUGGAUAUUUAAGGAACACAGGGCCAUAUCUGAAGCUCCUGGCUGCAGCGGCGGCGGCGUUGCCGCGGCGACGGCGGCCUGCUGGGUAGUUUUACACCGUGAUGUUCUGAGGUGGUGAAUGUCUUCUGUUCUGUGUGUGAAAACUAGCGCUACUAACGUCGGCUCGGGGCUUCUCUCCACGUCUCCACCAACAAUCGCUCACACGAGGGGAGAUGCUGCUGCUCACGGAGCGAGAACGGCGCCGACCGCUGCACUGAAGCAUCAACGCUAAUCAACGGGUUUAUUAAUCAACGAGUUUAGCCUAGUACAUACUACACCUACACUGUAGUAUCUAGUACAGGGGUCACCAACCUUCUUGAAACUGAGAGCUACUUCAAGGGCACGGAGUAAUGCAAAGGGAUACCACUUUGAUAAAACACUUCUGAAAUAAGAAAGUUACACAGUUUAGCUUUAAUUUAACAUUAUUAUUAAUUGAAGACACUAAUCGUUAAUGAUUCAUCAAAAAUUAUUAUUCAGAAUGAUUGAACAAGGUAGGAAACAAUAUAUUAAUUAAUUAAAUUAAUAUUUAAUUUCUUAUUUACCUUUCCAAGAGUUUCAUUUUCAAAUGAUCACUUCCACAACAUUUUGC